AUGGUAAACGAAAAUAUCCAGCAACGGAAAGACAUCAUGCUAAAUAAAAUGACUCCUCUUUUUUAUGGAAUUGGAGGCAAACGAGCAGACGGAUCACCUGAUGACACACAGUCAGCAGUAGCGAUGAUAUCAAGUCAGUCGUGCUGCAAGAGACAGGUUCUAGGAGUCAUCAGGUUCCAACAAACGGAGGAAGGCGCGUUAGUAGCAGACGGCAGCAUUGACGGGUUGCCGGCAGGAAUGCAUGGCGUCCACGUACAUACUGCUGGGGAUUUGAGUCAGGGUUGCAAAUCGAUAGGGGAGCACUAUAACCCUUGUGGGGCUCCGCACGGGGCUCCAGAAGACCCCAUGGACAGACGCCACGCUGGAGACCUUGGGAACAUAGUCGCUGAUGAAACUGGGCGAGCUACCUUCAGAAUAGUCGAUAACGUAUUGAAGAAGUUCAUGGGCGGCGCUGAUCACUUACCAUCAGGUGAUCUGUCAGAUCUCUUGCCUCCUAUUCCAUUUUUUAUGGAACAAGUAUGGGAUAUCAUUGGGCGAUCGGUGGCUGUCACUGAAAGAAAGGAUGACCUUGGUCGUGGUUCCUCACCGAGUUCCAAGAUUGACGGCGAUAGCGGAACUCCAAUCGCCUGUGGCAUCAUAGCUCGUUCCGCCGGCGUUUUUCAAAAUCCUAAGCGUAUAUGCGCGUGCGACGGUGUUGUAGUUUGGGAUGAGAAGGAUCGUCCUCUAGCAGGGAAGGGCAGAAGAGAAGAGAAGCCAAAAAGAAGAUGCUGUGAGAAUCACAAUAAUAGCAAUGUUGUCAACCCUUGUUUUCUCGGGGCCGAGGUCGCGGUGCCUCAUUGCGCUUACCCCGCACCCCCGGCUGACCAUCAGCCCUAUAGGGCCCCGUCUGUGGUGGUCUAUUGGCUCUUUGAGGCGCGCGCGGAACGCUACGCGCCGUACGCUCGGGUCUGA